AUGCAGUUGCGAAAAAGCGUCGAGGAAUAUUUAAAGAACUCAACGCUGCAUGGAGCGCGUUUUAUAGUCGAUGAAGAUGCCAGCUGGCUGGAGCGUAUAUUUUGGUUAAUUUGCCUAGUGGCAUCCUGGUAUGCCUCCUGGCUAUUGAUAAGAGCAUCUUUGGAGCAAUUUGAAAAUAAUGCCAUAAGCUUUGUGGUGGAAAGUUCUUAUCGAGAUUGGGACACCAAUUUUCCAGCUAUAAUAGUUUGUGAGUCUAAGAAUAUGGAUCGCAUACAGCAAAUUAGUGAAAAAUUAUGGGGCGCUGAUCAUGACUUUACUUUGGAGGAAGUUCUAAGUGAAAUUGCUUUCUUUCGUGGUGAAUCUUAUCAUACUGUGCAUGAGUGCACUGGCGAGGAGUCCACUACUUCCUGUUUCUACUCGAACUUUUCUUACUAUGCGCAGCUAGUGCGCAGCAGCUGCUUUGAUACUAUAAAGAACUGUGAAUGGAACGAUAAACCUUUCGAAUGCUGCAAAUAUUUUCAGCGCAUGGAAACUGAGUUGGGCAUUUGCUAUGCUAUUAAUUCAAUGCAGGCGGGCAUGAACAAAGGGCCCAAGCUGAAUAUGUACUCCAAUCGUGUAUACGGUCCGGGCUCAUGAAAAUGGAGCUGUUAUACAGAAAGCACGGGGGUUAAGGAUUUAUGUUUAUUUAUUUAUUUAUAUGGCAAUGAAGAGGUGCCCACAUUGGUUACACCCAAAACAGAUUUUCUAGCAGUGGGUCCUUACAUAUCCUUUGUUCGCUCCAUAUCCAAGCGUGACAUUGAAAACGACGAGGAAAUUCGCCAGACCAGCGUACAUCAGCGCAAUUGUCGCUUUGCGGAUGAAAAUAUACUCGAUGUGCAUCGUUAUUAUAGCUAUAGCGCCUGCACUGUACAAUGUCGCAAGGAUAGACAAAUCGAGCUAUGCAACUGCUCCAGUCACUUGACGCCCAAUACGCCGGAUUGGCAAAUGUGCAACAUGGAUGGACUGGAGUGUCUCAAUCGCAACUAUGAAGAUCUGUCUGUCAUUAUAGCCAAGUGGUCGCGACGUCGUGGACGCAAGGGCUUGGUCUGUGACUGUUUGCCUUCCUGCACUGAGGUGGAUAUAACCACUGUGAAUGAUAGCAAGGAUACGCUGUAUGGCCAUGAGAAUCCAGUGUCGAAAAUUGAACUGGCGCUGGUUGAGUUGCCCACAGAGCGCUACAAAAGAAAUUUGGUGCGUGGCAAGCUCGAUCUAGUGGUCUCGAUUGGCGGCACCACGGGCCUGUUUGUGGGCGCAAGUUUGCUCAGCUUUGUGGAAAUAGUUUACUACAUCACCAUACGACCCUAUAGUCGCUAUAUACAUGAGAAGCGUCGCCUCCGACAGCCCAAGAGCGCACGCUAAUUAGCUUUGAAAUCUAUAUACAUAUUAUCGCAGCUCAUUCGGGCGCAGUGCAAACAGAAUGAAAUGCAAAGAACAUAAAA